CUUUCGCUCCUUAACUUUUUUUUUUCUUUUAUAUAUAUAUCAUCUUCCAAAAUGUCCUUCGAUCACUCAAAAGAUGACAAGCUUGCUUUCGAAACCUCUGAAAAUGUCAAGGUAGUUCCUACAUUUGAUUCCAUUGGCUUGAAAGAAGACUUACUUCGUGGUAUCUAUGCUUACAAUUUCGAAAAACCUUCAGCUAUUCAACAACGAGCAAUUGUACCCAUUACUCGAGGACGUGACGUGAUUGCUCAGGCACAGUCUGGUACUGGUAAAACAGCAACGUUCUCCAUCUCAGUUUUACAAACAAUCGAUACAACAGUACGCGAAACACAAGCUUUGAUUUUGUCACCUACACGUGAACUAGCAACACAAAUUCAAAGUGUAGUACUGGCAUUAGGGGAUUAUAUGAAUGUACAAUGUCAUGCUUGCAUUGGUGGAACCAACGUUGGUGAAGAUAUGCGUCGAUUGGAAAAUGGUGUACAUGUUGUCUCUGGUACCCCUGGUCGUGUUUAUGAUAUGAUUCGACGACGAAGCAUGCGCACACGUAAUAUCAAGAUGCUUGUUUUGGAUGAAGCGGAUGAACUACUUAACUUGGGAUUCAAAGAUCAAAUAUACGAUAUCUAUAGACAUUUGCCUCCAUCAACACAAGUGGUCUUGUUAUCAGCAACAUUACCUCACGAUGUACUUCAAAUGACUCAAAACUUUAUGACCGACCCUAUUCGUAUCUUGGUGAAACGUGAUGAAUUGACUUUGGAAGGUAUCAAACAAUUCUUUGUCGCUGUAGAACAAGAAGAAUGGAAAUUCGAUACUUUAUGUGAUCUUUAUGACACCCUUACUAUUACUCAAGCUGUUAUCUUUUGCAACACUCGACGAAAGGUUGAUUGGUUGACAGAAAAAAUGCGAGAAGCUAACUUUACAGUAUCAGCUAUGCAUGGAGAAAUGCCUCAAAAGGAACGGGAUGCUAUUAUGAAUGAAUUCCGUCAAGGUGCAAGUCGUGUCUUAAUCACUACGGAUGUAUGGGCUCGUGGUAUUGAUGUUCAACAAGUAUCAUUGGUUAUCAAUUACGAUUUGCCAACCAACCGGGAAAAUUACAUCCAUAGAAUUGGUCGAUCAGGUCGUUUCGGUCGUAAAGGUGUUGCCAUCAACUUUGUCAAGAACGAUGAUUUAAAGAUUCUUCGUGAUAUUGAACAAUAUUAUAGUACUCAAAUUGACGAAAUGCCCAUGAACGUGACUGAUAUGAUUUGAUUUUAGUUUUAGUUUAGUUUUAGUUCAGUUUUAUUUAUAUUUGAUUUAAUUUAUGAAUAAAAGAAAAGUUUCUACUAUUA